AUGGCGGCCGUGGCUGCGACUGCGGCGGUGCCGGGUGAUGGGGGAGCUGGCGAGGUCGAGCCCAUGCCAGGCAGCGAAGCCGGCGCAGACGCGCUCCCUGCCGGCACGCAGGCUGCCGUGGAGUCGGCGGUGCUCGACGCCAGGGAGGAUCCCGAGCCAGCCCCGGGCGGAGAGGCUCAGCAGCCGCCGUCGCCGCCGCCCAAGAGCCCAGCGGGGACCCGAGACCUGCCGCAGGCCCAGCCCAACCCGGGCCCCGUGGGCGAGCUUCUUCAGCCUCGCUCGCUCACGGCCACCCUCUCCGGCCAUUCUGAAAAGGAGGAGGAGGCGGACGAGCAGCCCCCGCAGCCCGCCUUGCCGCUGGUACCUCCGCUGCUGCUUGCAGCUGGGGGCCCCGCGGGGCCGGAGCCCGGGGAGGAGCCGCCCCGGCCGGAGGAGGAGGAGCCGGAUGCUGCUGCCGUCGCCGCCAGUACCACCACAAGCGUUGCAAAGCAACCGGAGCUUUCGGUGACUGUGGAGCCGGUGGCUGCCGGUGCAGCGGGGGAGGAGACGCUGUUGCUGCCGGGCUCAGAGGUGCUGGUCACCCUGGAUCACAUCAUUGAGGAUGCGCUGGUGGUGUCGUUCCGGUUCGGGGAGAAGCUCUUCUCCGGGGUCCUCAUGGAUCUCUCCAAAAGGUUUGGACCUCACGGAAUUCCUGUGACUAUAUUUCCCAAACGGGAGUACAAGGAUAAACCUGAUGGCAUGCAGCUCCAAAGUAAAUCAUUCCAAGAUGAGACGCAAGUGAAAUGUGAAGCUAACGGUGUUGUCACAGACUCUUCUCCCAUCCAGCCAUCAGAACAUAGCCUGGUUAAAAGCCUAUGGACUUCCAACCCGCCUCCCCUUUUCCAUGUGGGGGCUCCAUAUCCUCCUCCUUUGUUUAUCAGGGACACAUAUAACCAAUCAAUACCUCAACCUCCACCUCGAAAAAUUAAGCGGCCCAAGCGAAAAUUGUACAGGGAGGAACCCACUUCUAUUAUGAAUGCUAUCAAAUUGCGACCCAGACAGGUUUUAUGUGACAAAUGUAAGAACAGUGUUGUUGCAGAAAAGAAAGAAAUUAAGAAGGGCAGCAAUGCAAGUGACUCCUCAAGGUGUGAGGAUACUAGGAAACGAAGAAAUGAGAGCUUAACUACUGUGAAUAAAAAAAUUAAAACUGAUCAUAAAGUUGAUGGGAAAAGUCAGAGUGAAAGCCAGAAAAAGAAUUCUGUGGUCAAAGUUGCAAAUAUUGUCCACAACAGAAGCAGAGUAGUCAAAGUUCCCACUCAAGCAAAUACAUCAAAAAACCAAUUGAAUACUAAAAAAGUUCUUCAGAGCAAAAACAUGGAUCAUGCAAAAGCUAGGGAAGUUUUGAAAAUAGCCAAAGAAAAGGCACAAAAGAAACAGAGUGCAACUUCAGCUUCCAAAAAUGCACAUUCAAAGGUCCACUUCACGCGGCGUCUUCAGAACACCAGCUCAGGUUCUCUGCCUCCCCGAUUGCGUCUGAAGCCACAAAGGUACCGAAAUGAAGAAAAUGACUCCUCUCUCAAGACAGGGCUGGAGAAAUUGCAGAGUGGCAAGAUGGCAGCUAAGCCCCAGUCUCGCUGCUCGUCUACCCGCUCAGCAGGUGAGGCCCCUUCAGAAAAUCAGAGCCCCUCAGAAGGUCCUGAAGAGGCCAGCAGUGAGGUUCAGGACACAAAUGAAGUGCAUGUACCUGUUGAUCAGGAUGAACAGCAGACCAUGGGCAAGAGAGGCAGCAAAAGCAAUAUUACAGUUUACAUGACCCUUAAUAAAAAGCAACCUGACUCUUCCAGUGCAUCAGUCUGUAGUAGUGAUAGCACAGAUGACUUGAAGUCCUCCAAUUCUGAGUGUAGCACUACUGAAAGCUUUGAUUUUCCUCCAGGCAGCAUGCAUGCACCUUCUUCCUCUUCCUCCUCCUCCUCCUCUUCCUCCUCUUUAAAGGAAGAGAAAAAGCUCAGUAAUUCUUUGAAAAUGAAAGUCUUUUCAAAAAAUGUCUCUAAAUGUGUCACACCAGAUGGCAGGACCAUAUGUGUAGGAGACAUUGUUUGGGCCAAGAUAUAUGGCUUCCCCUGGUGGCCAGCCCGUAUUCUUACUAUAACUGUGAGCCGAAAAGAUAAUGGCCUAUUAGUCCGACAGGAAGCUCGUAUUUCAUGGUUUGGGUCCCCAACAACAUCUUUUCUUGCUCUUUCACAGCUCUCCCCCUUUUUAGAAAACUUUCAGUCGCGAUUUAAUAAGAAGAGAAAAGGUCUUUACCGCAAGGCCAUUACAGAAGCAGCCAAGGCUGCUAAGCAGCUAACUCCUGAAGUUCGGGCCCUGCUGACACAGUUCGAAACAUGAACAAAGUAAGGUAGGCAAGAAAUGUGGAGGCCCCACGGCAUGUCUAACCCAGUUAACUAUUUUGAAGGACUUGGGCCAAUUAGAUUUUAAAAAAUGCACUCAGUUGGCUGCUUUUUUAUACUGAAAUUUCCACUUGUAGCAAUGUCUUGACUGAAAGUUAACCUUAAUUUAAAAAAUUGUACAUGCAAUCAGAUUAACCUUAAGCGAGAGCUCAGUAUUUUUCAAGAGAACUCUUUACGUUUCUUUGUAAAAGUUAAGAAGUUCCUUUGCCCACCCCAUGCACAGGAGCCAUAACCUCAGCUGGAGAGCAGUUUAUUUGCAGGGAAUUUUUACUAGUUUCUACCCACUAUAUAUAU